GAAACAGAGGAGGGAGAAAGGGGCGGCCAUGGCUGGUCUGCAGAGAUCUGUCGUGUCAUUCCGGCGGCAGGGAUCUUCCGGUGUCGUUUGGGACGACAAGUUCAUCUCGGAGGAGCUCAACAAGGCGGCCCCAAACGACGGUGAAUCCAGCGCCACGCCCGAGGUGAAGACGGGAAGAAAUAUUCCGCCGAUCAAGACGAUUGACCGGACCCGAUCAAACCGCGGGGGAGGACGGGGGUUCCGGAGUAAAGAUAUGGCGGCGCCGGCAGUGGAGCCCCCGUCGCCAAGAGUCUCUGCUUGUGGCCUCUGCAGCGCUUUCGGGAAAUCCGGCGCCAAGAAACAGAGAGCGGCGGCGGCGGCUGGCAAGCGCCGAUCACGGUAGCAUUUGGGAAAUUUAAGGGAAUUUAUGUUUUAAUUUCCGUAAAAAUAGGA